AUGAUGAAGAUUCUUCUCAUUCUCAUCCUCUACCUGAUCUCAGGUCCAGUAGACUCUGCUGUGAUUGGCUACUCAGGAGGAAGUGUCAUUAUAGUCUCAAAUCUGAAAUACUCUCUUAUCUUUAAUAGAAUUUGUGUGUCAGAACAAUCAGGCUGUACAGAUAUCGUACUUUUAAACUCAAUCAGAGUCAUUAAAGAUUAUAGAUUCAUUCUGUAUAAAAACAGCAGCGGAUUCUUAACAGUGUUGAUCAGAAAUCUGAAACCACAGGAUGCUGGAAUCUACAGAAUUGAAAAUUAUGUGGAUUACAGAGACGUGGAACUGAAGAUUUAUGAUGACCCUUGCUGUGAGUCCUCAAAAACUAUGGACACCUACACUGGAGACAACCUCACCCUCACCUGUAACUAUCCAACAGAGUAUGAGACUGACCGCAAGUACUUUAUAAGGCUGGACAACGAUAGUAUUGUUAAAUACAUUAUUAAUACUGAAACAGCGCCUCGUAGUGGCAGGUUCUCCAUUUCUGAUGAUAUAAAUGCUAAAGUUCUCAGUGUGAACAUCAGUGACGUCAGUGAAACUGAUACUGGACUUUAUUUAUGUGGAGUUUGGAAAAGCGAGGGCUCAGUCUAUUAUUUCUCCUUCUUCACAGAGAUUCAGCUACAGGUUUCAGGUAGGUCUACAACUUUUAUUUAUAAUCCAGUUUUUACGGUCUGUAUCAGUGUGGGUGUCUGUGCAGCUCUGCUCCUCAUUGGAGGGUUUGCACUGAUUUUCUACAAAAUUAGAAACAAGAAAAGACAAGGUUCAACAUCAACAGCAAAGAUAAACGACAACAGUCCAGUGAUGGAUGUUUACAUGAACUGCAUGUUCGUCCUCAAGGUUCCUGAUGCGGAAACAUCUGCUGCUGCCGUUUGUGUCUAUGAGGAGAUAGAACACGCCAACACACCUACUGUAUCAGACACCGAAGUUUAUGCAAACGCUUCAACAGCAAAAAACAGCUUAGACGAAAAAAUCUCCUCCACUGUCCAACCAGCGAAAGACCAAGAGGUCACUUACUCCACUGUGAGUUUUCAGAAGAAUCCAGGAGAUGCUACGGUCACCUUCAGUACGGAGGAAUCCACUACUGAAUACGCUGCUGUCCAACACCACCCACACCUGAAAUAAAACACCACCCACACCUGAA